CCUUAUGAUAUCCUCUCUUUAUUCUGGCUCUUUUGUUUGUUUUGUAUAUAUCCAAGAAAAGAAAAGAAAACCAUUUUCUGUAGACUUCUCAGGAGGCAUGAGUGUACCAGGUCAAAAUAAGAUGUCAGAAAAUGAUGGGAGCACAAACGUGGAGAGAUAUGUUGGUGAAAUUAAGGGCGGACUGAGGCCAACAAUGAAAAUCACAAUCAUGGGUGUAAUAUGCCCGAACCCCAAAAGUUUUUCAGUGACUUUGCUCUGUGACCCCAUGAAUGAUCAGACAAGCGAGGAUGUUGGGCUAUUACUUCUAGUCAGUUUUAUUGAGAAAUCCAUUGUCCGAAAUUCACGGAUUGCUGGGAAAUGGGGUAAAGAGGAAAAGACAAUUCCUUAUUUCCCAUUUACAGCAGAGGAUUCAUUUAAGAUGGAGCUCUUAUGUGAGCACCAGCAGAUUCGGGUCCUGCUUGAUGGACGUCAGCUUUGCAGUUUCAGUCACCGUGUGCAGCCUAUGCAAAGAGUUACCGCUUUACAUAUCUCAGGAGACCUCAAGCUCACAAAGGUGGCAUGAAGAAAGGAAUAAAGAACCCCAUAUUGUGA